AUAGAAAUAGGUCUUUCAUGACAGAUGGAUUCUGCAUGUGUUGGUUUAAUGGUCCCCAAUUACUCAGUGCUCCCACUAUGCAAGUUUUUUAGUAACUUCUUCGUAGUGUAGGACAUAACAGAAGCUGGCAAUUUGGAUUGCCUCUCAAUUCUUCCCUUGCCUUUCUUUUGUGGGGGGCACUAACUGACCUGCAAUUUGUGCUGCUUCAGGGAUUCAUUCCUUUCUUUUCUUUCUUUUGUCUUGCCUUCUGGAUUUACACCUUAAUGUGAAACUUUGGAUUGAUCCCUUGUGAUUUUGAAGCAUAUAGUUAUUCAGAGGAUGCAGGAUUUAAAUUGAGUUUUGGUUUUGUGAGCUUGUGUCCUCAGUUAGUGCGUUUUUUUUUUCUCUGAGAAAACCAAGAAUGAAGCCAGUAUCAAAAUCCGAACCUAUUCGGAAACAAGGGCAAGCAUGGUUUUGCACAACCGGUCUUCCCAGUGAUGUUACUGUAGAAGUUGAAGAGAUUUCUUUUCAUCUCCAUAAGUUCCCUUUGCUAUCAAAGAGUAAUGUCUUGGAAAAAUUAAUGGAGGAUAAGGAAAGUUCGGUAAUUAAGCUGCCGGAUAUACCUGGUGGUGUGAAAGCGUUUGAACUCGUAGCGAAGUUUUGCUAUGGUGUGAAGCUAGAACUCAAUGCAUGGAAUGUUGUUUACCUUCGUUGCGCAGCUGAGUAUCUCCAAAUGACUGAAGAAAUCACUGAAAACAACUUGAUUGUGCAGACUGAGAUUUUCCUAAACCAAGUGGUUCUUCGGAAUUGGAAAGAUACAAUUGAGUCACUGCGAACGUGCAUUGAUCUUCAACCUUAUGCUGAAAACCUUAUGAUUGUAAAGAAAUGCAUAGAUUCACUGGCAGUGAAAGCAUGUACUGAUCCAAAUUGUUUUGGCUGGCCAUUGGUGGAUCAUGGCCUAAUGCAAAGCCCGGGAGGGACCGUACUCUGGAACGGAAUAAGCACUGGAGCUCGGCUAAGAGAAUGCCAUUCAGAUUGGUGGUAUGAAGAUGUCUCAUCGAUAAGUUUUCCACUGUACAAGAGACUCAUUCUGGCAAUGGAGUCUCGAGGAAUUAGAAAGGAGGUUCUCGCCGGCUCUAUUGCUAAUUAUGCAGACAGGUAUAUUCCCGGCCUUACCCGUCUUCACAACAAUUGCAAUAAACCCAGCAAUCAAAUACAAACUCUGAUUUCGACUCAGGCUGCGACUGAAGAAGAGCAGAAAAAUUUCAUCGAAGAAAUAAACAAGUUGCUACCAAUGCAAAAGGGUGUGACAUCCACAAAAUUUUUGCUCGGUCUUCUUCGCACUGCCAUGAUACUAGGAACUGAAAAAUCCUGCAUUUUUAAUUUGGAGAAGAGGAUUGGUAUGCAACUAGAUCAAGCCACACUAGAAGAUCUACUAAUUCCAAACUUUUCGUACUCCACCGAAACACUCUACCAUGUUGAUUGUGUGCAAAGAAUCCUGCAGCAUUUCUUGGCCAUGGAUCAUGCCAAUACAGGGGCCUCUCCUUGUUUAGUUGAUGACAGUGCAGAUGCUGAUGCUAAUGAUGAACAACAGUCCAUAGAAUCACCUUCAUUGACACCAAUAACAACGGUUGCAAGGCUCAUUGAUGGUUAUUUAGCAGAGGUUGCACCCGAUAUCAAUUUAAAGCUACCCAAGUUUCAAUCUUUAGCUGCUGCCAUGCCUGAUUAUGCUCGGCCAAUAGAUGAUGGCCUGUAUCGGGCCAUUGACAUAUACUUGAAGGCACACCCAUUACUGGCAGAAACUGAAAGGGAGCAGCUUUGCAGAUUAAUAGACUGCCAAAAACUGUCUCUGGAAGCGUGCACACACGCAGCGCAGAAUGAGAGGCUUCCUCUUCGAAUGGUUGUCCAAGUAAUCUUCUUCGAACAGCUGCAGCUAAGGUCAUCGAUUGCUGGUUGCUUAAUGGUGUCAGAGAACCUCGACACAUCAAGGCCACUUAGGAGUGGCAAUGCAGCAUCAGGUGAGGGUAAUGGUUGGAAUAGCAAUACUGCAAGGGAGAACCAGGUGUUGAAACUGGGCAUGGAUCACAUGAGGAUGAGAGUUUCAGAGCUUGAAAAGGAAUGCUCAAGCAUGAGGAAGGAGAUCGAGAAGCUUGGCAUUGGAAGGAGAAGAUGGAAUAUUGUUUCCAAGAAGUUUGGAUUCAAAAUUAAGUCUCAGAUGUGCAGAUCUCAAGAGGAUUCAGUGAGUGAUCAGAAAAGUGGAAUUUCUGCAGUUGAAGGAAAGUUGCAAGUUCAUGCUGUCAAUCAUAGGAAAUUCAUUUCAAUUAUGGAGUAGGCAGUUUGUGUUUAUGUUUUGUUUUGUGCUGGAGUGAUUUGGCCUUAGCGCUGAUAUUUCUUUUUUAAAAAUAUUAUUUUGGAAUUGCAAAAUGUUAAGUUAAUUUA